UGACGUGUCUCAAUAAUGUGAAGCUUGUUUUCAAGUGUUGUAAAGCAGUGUAUAGUGUAACACUGGCAAGAUUUUAUAAACCAUAGGCAGGUGAAACGCAGUUCAUACUAAGUGAGCUGGUUUUAAAAGUUGUGUACACUUUCAAUCAGUUUAUUGAUUGUGAUCUCGCGUUAAGUGAAUACUUGACAAAGCGAUCAGGAACACGGCUUCAGAUAUCAUCUACACUAUAUCCAAUUGGACUGAUGCAGGUUGCACGCUCGCUGUUCCGAAAUUGAAGUAUUCUAUACACGGAGGUUGGCAAUUGAACGAGACAUUGCCUGAUAUCCCAGCAGACGGAUUUUGGAUUGGCUACUUAAACGCUACUGUAGCGUUAGACUAUCUUGGAUGUGCCAUAAACAAUACUAAUGACACAAUACAUGUGAAAAGCAUUGGUGAUUGCUGCCAUCUAUGCAUGGGAACUGCCUUUGGGGUUAAAACAUCACAACAGGGAAAUAUCGAAUGCGUGUGCAUGGCGAAGUUUGGUAAUCUAAACGAAACGUCAUGUACCUACAGCUGUGAUCAUCAAUAUAUGUGUGGAAAAGAAAAUAAGUACGCAGUUUAUAAUAUUAUUAAAGUUGAGGCCAUGCCCUCUUUUACUUAUGGUUUGUCUUGCCUGGACUAUUACUAUGUAAGUUCCAAAUGGGGAACUUGCAGUGGCCGAUUUAAUAGACUCCUUUGCAGCAGUGUGUUAAAAGAUAACAACCGAGUUGCUGCGGUCCAAGAUGUGAAUGAAUUGCCGACUUCAUGGUCUGAAGCAAAUAUAGUUUGUUUGAACAAUGGGCUGAUGCCGGCAACAAUUGAAAGUAUACAAAAUGGACAGAAAUUUGGGACAUUUCGUCAAUCAGAUGAUCAACCUCACUGGACAGGGGUUAUACAAACGCAUACUUUGCUAAAUGCUGACAAUCACGAUCAAUGGGCUCUGGAGAAAGUGUUUGCUUUCGUUACAAUUGACGGCAACAUUGAUUUUAAGGUCGACAGACUGAGACACCGACUUUGUAUUGGAGUACCGCCAGUUCCAAGUACAGUGGAACAAAAUACACCAUUUACCAUGAUGGUCACUCAACAACCACCAGCAGAUGCUGCAACACAAUCAAACACUGCAAAAAUAACUUCAUGGACUACGACUUUGAUGUCAACAGCACAACAUACCAAAACAUCGCAAGUUCAAGAAACAUCGACUGUUGCUAUCGCAGUUGGUAUCACCAUCGGAUUUAUAUUCAUGAUCGCUGGAGUAGUUGUGAUUGUCUUAUAUAAGAGAGGAUCAAUACCUUGCAAUAAAAAGACAGAAAAUCAGAAACAUCUAGAAGACAAUCCGGAAUUGGAAGAGCAUAAGAGUCACGGGAAAAGCAUUGAAGAGAAUGUGCCUAAUCAUAAUUAUUUUAUCCUAGAGAAAUGUGAGCAAUCUAUUAAAGACAACGUUGAACGUUACAAUGAAGCAAGUGAGGCAAAUAUGGACGAAGAUGAUAACACCCUACAAGAGACAGGUGAAUCUUUUGAGAAGAACGGUAAUUAUGACUGUACAACCAAUGUUUUAACAUCAGGCUUCAAUGCCAGAAAACCGGACAAUAUUUACAACAAACUCAAGAUUGGCCGACCAGGCGAUUAUGAUCAAGGAAUACAAGGACAGGAAGGGGCUAAGGCUUCAGAUGACGAUUACGAUACAACUUUAGCAGUAUUAACCCAUGUGAAGGAUGACAUUAGCGACUAUAAUCAUAUACCACUCACUGCUGAUAACGCAGACAGAACAGGUGAUGACAUCAAAGGCAAUACAGGUGGCGAUUACGAUGCCAUAAAUAGUAUGAAGUUCAAGGUCGUCCAAUCCGACUCUUCGGACUACACACUCGUUAAGAAAGAUCGAAUGAACUAAGGAUAAUUCAAUGAGUCAAUCAAAUAUCUCGAUAUCUUUUUAUAAAUAUUACAUAAAUGUCGUAGACAGUUGAAGGGUAUAGUAAAGGUGGCUUAUUAAGGAGAGCUAUAUAAUUCGAGGUCGAAUGCUAUUUACGGAAAUCAACAGUAUUACUUGCAGAUUUUAUUGAAAAAUCAAGCGCUCAUCACCAUCAUUUUCGCGUUUAUUUUUAUAGUAUUUACUAAUUAUUAAGUUUAAAAAAAAUGAAAAUCCGUGUAAUUUGUUGAACACCAAGACGCAAUGAACAUUUAACAGUAAAGCGCCGUCGGGAUAUGUUACGUUAAAUAGUAAUUGCAUAAAAAAUUAAGCCCGAAUAGGUAUUUUGGGAUUUUACAAUCGGAAGUGAUGAAUAAUAGAAUAACAAAUGUAUCUUUAUUAGACUAGGUAUACAACAAUAUUAUUUGUGUUGCAGUCGAUUAAAUAAACUUACAAAUAUGCGUUGGAUCCUAUCAGAAAUAUUUCAAUUCACGCACAUGUUAAUUUUAUGUCAAUAGUGGUCCUAAACGUCAUGGUGUUAACAAAUAAAACCUUGUUUUAACGUGAAUUUUGUUCAUUUGAGGUCACAGAUGCUAAUGAACUUUUAGUAAAAUCGAUGAAUCGCUAUAUAUCUACUUGUUAAUGUCUAAAUAGGUAUUGGCUAUACGUGGUUUUGUUAUUUAACCUAUGCUGUUUUGCAAAUUCCCAUGACACUCAAUAACCCUUAUAUUUUUACCUCUUGAUUAAACGAACGCUUUUCAAGGCGAACGAUUGCUGUUGUCAUUUUUUCUUUAAUUUUUCCAUAUAUAAGAAACCAAUUAAAUUAUACAAAUACAUUAUAAAUUAUUAUCUCGCUGAUGGAAUUGUACAAUUUCACCCUAUUGGUUAUUUGGAUACAUAUUUGUUCACGUUUUGUAUGCGAAAUAAUAAAAAUAUGUAUACAUUAAAUACACCAGUCGCGAUUAAUAAUUCUAAACAAUAUAUCACAAUCAUUUUUUGUCUUGUUUUAACAUCAACUGUUUCAUUUGAGAAACAUAAUUAUGUAAUCACCAGUCAAAUGCAAUUGUCAAAUUGAAAUACAAACAAGUUAUAUGUAUGCAUCCCAUCAAAAGUAUUUUAUGUCCCCGAAUUGUCUAAUGUUUAAUAUCGCACCGAACUUUAUACUUUGCCUGGUAUUAUUCACCAAUUCACGUGUAAAUACAAAUAUACCUAAAUCCGAUUUUAACCUGUAAGGUAUCAAAAUGACCGUUCUAGCUUGAUUAUGGUAAUGUGUUAUGUAGUUUUAUGUGUACUGUAUUAAAUAUGCAAUUGGUUAGUGUUAAAAAUAAAAUGCAAGCCAAUGCAAAGUAUUCCAGAUAAUGUUUCUUUAGCUGAAAACUUACUAUAUAUUUAACAAUAAAUGACUUAAUAAGACCUGUUUUGGCUGUUUGGACUGACACUUUCAGAACAUUACAAUUUGAAACCUAUCCAACAAUAGUUAUAUGCUAGUUCUUAGCUUUAUAUUAAAGACGCAUUCUUUUACACUUUAAUAUUUCACGUAACUACAAAUUAUACCAAGAACUACACAUUUAAAAAGAUGAAACAUGACAAAAUACCUGUAUAUUACUAGUAUUCAAGUUAUACGUGUUGUAUAUAUCAUUAAUUACAUAUGUUCAUGUUAAAGGUUUAUGUUUAAGUUGUAUCUACUAUUUAGACUGUCAAUACAUGAUAGUAAAAACAUGCGUAUUUCCAAUCAAUAAAUAUAUCUUUAAACAA